AUGGCCCACACUCUCUGUGGACGAGAAAUCUUCCCCAAGGUACGAUGCUCCGUAGCGCGGAUGAAGUGGGAUGAUGCCAUACGCUGGAGUAUCUUCUCCCCAGUGGUGGUGUGUCUUCGUACAUCGUCAGGCAGCUGGGACUUUGCCAGAGUGCCAGCGCUACUGGCCCAGGGGUCGGGUUUUUUCUCUCAGGCACAAGCACGGUUGAAGGUUCGGGGGCCCACUCAGCAGCAGGGCCAAUCAACACCCACUGGGCCAGCUGCGUCAGCCCUGGCAGAAGCCGCUAACCAGGCGAAGGGUGUCCAAUGGCUGCAAUGGGCCCGUCUCCCAUCUGCGGCGGCUACUGCAGGCACCAUGGCACUAGGUGGCACCAGGCUGGGCGCGGGCUGCUGGUUGGCUGGCGACCGGGCCACCAGCCCCGCAGCCCCGCCAAGAGGUUCCAUGGGACCUUGGGACUUGUUGCGACCGGCUUCAGACUGGCUUCAGACUGGCUUCAGACUGGGUUCAGGCCGGGUCCAAACGGGCCUUGCGCGGUGGGGUUCGUGGAGCGCGACUGGUCCCUAG